AUGAACUCUGAAUUCGAUCAUUCUCAUUGGUAUUUUGAUGAAAAGAUAGUACCACAAAAAUCAAUUUAUUACGGAGGGUCUUCGAGUCAGCCCAAUGAGCAACUCAUUGGUGAGGCGCAACAUCAUUUGUAUUUUUAUUUGGUGAGAGAUGAAGAGAAUGGCGAAGAUUCGGUGUCGCAUCAAGAUCUUGAUGACCAUGGUGAAUUCACCAUCAUCAACCAUUUCGAAUAUGGAACCAAUGCUCACUCCCAUAGUACUCCCUCCAAAGAAAUCAAUAAUUCCAUGUUCAAGUUCACAACAUGGGAUGGUCAACCCAUUCAAGAUUAUUGCAUUCUCUCCACACUUCAAAAACAAUUUUGGGUUUCAAAGAGUGCUAUUUGUAAUUAUAGUUCAGUGUUGGCCAAUCUUGUGAAUACUCAUGAGAUUACUUCUUCUUCACAUCAUGAUGGUAACGACGAUGGAGGUAGUAGUAGUAUACUUCUCACCCACUCAGUCAUGAAUGAACAUUUAUUAUUGAUGACAUCAUCCAUGGGUGAUGAUCAUUGUAAUCAGAUCAUUCAUUAUUUUAAAUUACUACUUGAAUUUAUUCAUACAGGUUCAUUAGGUGUUCCACAAGUUCUGUAUGUUUCUUCUUCUUCCGAAAAGAUGCAUGAUUCACACCUCGAGAAGAGUAGUUGUGACUAUUCAAAAGGUGAACUUGUAGAAUCGAUACCUUCUUCACACACAAUAAUAACCAUGAAAGAUGUUUUUCAAUUAUUGAAAAUAGCAGAUUACUUUCAAGUGACGAGUUUAUUGAAAGCAAUUCGUAACACUGUGAAUGAAUUUAAUGCAUUAACCAUUGCACUCAUGUGUUUGCACUCUUUACAAUAUGAAAAUUCAAAGAAUAUUAUUUUUAAUCAAGCCAUGGAUAUUAUUGCCAAUCAUGUUGAAUGUAUUCUGAGUGAUCAUGUCUAUCAUAACAUUCCAUUGAAACGAGAUGAUCUUAUUUUAAAAUUUUCACAUUGUCACUCUCUUGAUGAUUUUGCUCAAUGUAUGGAGGAUGAAUAUCCCAUGAUCAAAACCCUCAGUUCUAAGAGGGAAGUAUGUGCAUUGUUAGCUUCCAUGCAAUUUAGUGUUCAUGCACGUAUUAUAAUCACACUCCCCGUGGAAAUAUUGAGAGGAAUUUUUCAAUCGAACCAUUGUCGUUUGGCAGUGGAUCAAAUUGCUAUUCUUAUUAGUAUGUGGACUCUACAUGAUUUUCAACAUCGAUAUGUGUAUGGAGUUCAAUUAUUGAAUGAAUUUUUGCCUUGGUUAAAAUGUUCAGGAGAAAUUCUCUAUGGGGUUGUGUUUAAUAUUUUUAUUCAAAUGGGAAAGGAAUUGCACAAGGACAACAACAACAACACUACUCGUAGUAGUAGUAGUAGUAUGGAUCCAAAUGUGACCCAUAAUAGUAUACCAGUACUAGUGAUGCAAGAUAGUGAUAAUCGAAACAAACUCUCAACAAUGAUCAUGGAUUUGAAAGACCAUCUCUUAAAAACUUUAUUUAGACUCCAAAAUGCAAUUUCAGAUGAUGUAUGGGAGAAGAUUAAAUUUGGUCCACAUGCUCGAUCAUGCAAUCAUCAUCAUCAACAACAACAUCAUCCACCAUUUAAAACCUUUCGUUCACUAAAGGAAGAACCUCGUCUCUUGUUACUGGGUCUUGAUCAAAGUGGUAAAACUUCACUUCUCUACAAGUUGACACUGGGUGAAAUAGUUACAACAAUACCAACCAUCGGUUUUAAUGUUGAGACUCUUUUCUAUGAGAAUGUUGACUUUACUGUUUGGGAUGUUGGUGGUCAAGAAAAAAUUCGACCACUUUGGCGUCAUUACUAUGAACGCACAGAUUGUGUCAUCUUUGUCAUUGACAGCUCAGAUAAGGAUCGAUUGCAAGAAGCUAUUGAUGAAUUAAAUAGGGUAGCUCAUGCGAAAGACUUAGAGAAUGUUCCAAUUCUCAUAUUUGUGAACAAAAUAGAUCGUCCCCAAGCAGUUCCAUGUUCUGAAGUGAGCAAAUUAUUGGAUUCGAAACCAUUACCCAGUACAACCAACUAUUUCAUUCAACCCUUGUCCGUUUUAACUUUGGAAGGAUUUGAGGAAGGAAUGAAAUGGAUCCUCAAAACUCUGCAAAUUCAGCCACCAAAGAAGGUAAUGAGAAAGGGAGUAAUAUUUGGAAGUAUUAGCUCGCUUUCUUCCAUUCCCAGCAUGUAA